AUGGGCAAACUCAUGGGGCCGCGUGCUAAUGAUCGAGGUCGAAAUAGUAUUCAGGCACCGGGUUAUGAAGGCCGGAGUGCCACCUCUCGCAAUGCGCCAACUAUGCCCGCGCCCACUGCUAGUCUAGCAGAUCCCUCAAUAUACCCCUCCAUCCCUCCAAGGACUGGAUCACCAAUCAGACCUUGGAGUCCUGGUCAUAUUCGCCCACCUUCAGUUCACAGUGUGAGUUACGAACGUGCCGAUAUCAAUGGCAGCCCGCGUCCCGGCUCACCAAGCAGCAAAUAUGGAGGAAGCCCCAGACGACCACUGCCUCCAGCUCCAUUGUUUUCGGGACCGACACCUAGUCUAGGGGCGGAAACCCGUAUCAAUAUGGAAGACGAAGAUCCUUUUGUGGACGCCAACCGCAUCAAUCACAGAUCCCGCGAUAGCGUACGCUCCUUCGAGACGGAGUCAACCAUGCUGGGUGAUGAAAAGGAGAUGGCCAAGGUUAGCUUGGAAGAGGAUGAAGACGAAUCAAUGAUCGAUCCUAAUCUUCACUAUGGCCCUGCACCUGAUAAACAGAGCCGUCGUGGUGUGCGCGAUACCCAGACUGUUCAGCGUGAGGUGAAACUGACCAACGGCGAGUUGAUUCUGGAGUGCAAAAUCCCGACUAUCCUUCACAGUUUCUUGCCCCGUCGCGACGAGCGAGAGUUCACUCAUAUGCGGUAUACAGCUGUGACUUCUGAUCCUGAUGAUUUCACUGAUGGAUACAAGCUUCGCCAGCAAAUUGGAGUCACUACUCGUGAAACUGAAUUGUUCAUUUGCAUUACCAUGUACAAUGAAGAUGAGAUCGGCUUUACUCGGACUAUGCACGGUGUCAUGCGCAAUAUAAGCCACUUCUGCUCGCGUACCAAAUCCCGUACCUGGGGCAAGGACGGUUGGAAGAAAAUUGUUGUGUGCAUUAUCGCUGAUGGUCGUAAAAAGGUGCAUCCUCGCACGCUUAAUGCUCUCGCUGCGCUCGGUGUUUAUCAGGAAGGUAUUGCGAAGAACAUUGUCAACCAGAAAGAAGUCACUGCUCACUUGUAUGAGUACACCACGCAGGUAUCCCUCGACUCAGACCUUAAGUUCAAGGGUGCUGAGAAGGGUAUCGUCCCUUGUCAAGUAAUGUUCUGUCUGAAGGAGCACAACCAAAAGAAGCUGAACUCUCACCGUUGGUUCUUCAAUGCCUUCGGCCGUGCUCUGCAGCCUAAUAUCUGUAUUUUGCUUGAUGUUGGAACAAAGCCUGAGCCGACUGCCUUGUACCACUUGUGGAAGGCAUUUGAUCAAAACUCAAAUGUUGCCGGUGCCGCUGGUGAGAUUAAAGCUGGUAAAGGUAAGGGCAUGCUUGGUCUGCUCAACCCUCUUGUCGCAAGUCAGAACUUUGAGUACAAGAUGUCCAAUAUUCUGGAUAAGCCGCUUGAAUCUGUCUUUGGAUACAUUACUGUGUUGCCCGGUGCGUUGAGUGCCUAUCGCUUCUUCGCUCUGCAGAACGAUGCCGAUGGUCAUGGUCCUUUGAACCAGUAUUUCAAGGGUGAAACGUUGCAUGGCCAGGACGCUGACGUUUUCACGGCUAACAUGUAUCUGGCUGAGGAUCGCAUUCUCUGCUGGGAGUUGGUGGCUAAGCGUGAAGAGAGAUGGGUCCUGAAGUUCGUCAAGAACGCCGUUGGAACGACUGAUGUGCCGGACACUAUUCCUGAAUUCAUCUCCCAGCGUCGUCGUUGGCUCAAUGGUGCCUUCUUCGCCGCAGUCUACUCGAACUUCAAUGCGAAGCAGAUCUGGGCUACAGAUCACAGUCUCGGCCGCAAGAUCUUGUUGAAUAUCGAGUUCGUUUACCAAUUCUUUAACCUUGUUUUCACUUACUUCGGUCUCGCCAACUUCUACCUCGCUUUCUACUUCAUCGCUGGCUCGCUCACGAAUGAAAAAGUUGAUCCCUUCGGUCAUAAUAUGGGUUUGUACAUUUUCUACGUGCUUCGGUAUGCAUGUGUUUUGGUCAUGGCUUUGCAAUUUAUUGUCUCGCUAGGUAAUCGACCUCAAGGUGCUAAAAACCUGUAUCUGACUGGUAUCAUUGUUUACGCUGUCAUCAUGUUCUACACGAUCUUCUGCGCUCUGUACUUGGUCGUCAUAGAGAUUAUGUCCCGCGCCGGUGUUGGCAAGAAGUCACUCGAUGUGAGCAGUUCUCUGCUAGCUAACAUCGUUAUUUCCAUGCUUUCGACCGUCGGUCUCUAUUUUUAUACCUCUUUACUUUACCUGGACCCAUGGCACAUGAUCACCUCGUCGAUUCAAUACUUCCUGUUGAUGCCUAGCUACAUCUGUAUUCUACAGGUUUACGCAUUCUGCAACACGCACGAUGUGACAUGGGGCACAAAGGGAGACAAUGUCAUCCACACCGAUCUUGGCACAGCCAAAAUCGUAAACGGCACAACAGUCUUGAUGGACAUGCCUUCCGAACAACUCGAUAUCGACAGUGGCUACGACGCUGCCCUUCGCAACCUCCGUGACAGGCUCGAGGUCCCGGAGACCCCUCCCACCGAAGCCCAGAUGCAGGAAGAUUACUACCGCGCCGUUCGCACGUACAUGGUUUCCAUAUGGAUGGUCGCCAACAUUAUUCUCGCUAUGGCUAUCUCGGAGGUCUACAGUCUCGAUCACACUGGUACAAAUGUCUACCUCUCUAUCAUCCUAUGGUCCGUCGCUGGUCUUGCAGCCGUUCGUGCUGUCGGCUCAACCACUUUCGCCCUGCUCCAUUUCAUUCACAUGAUUGUCGAGGGCAAGACGAAGUUCGACGCUGGGAACUUGAGCAAUUUCGUCCCGAGUGCCUUUGGCGGGGGCAGUACUGGUGCUGGAAGCAGUACUGACGGCAGCACUGCCUCCCGUCCGAUCCGUUAUAGCGGGAAGCCUAGUAUCAAAGAUCGGAUUUCGGAAGCUAGAUGGUCUGUUAGCCGUACCCUUGGCAAAGCUAUUUUCUGGCGCAAAUAG